UUCAAAAUUAAGAAGAAAAAAAAAAGGAAACAUACCGCAAAAAGCCAGAAAAGCUUCAGUUUUGAUUGAAGCUCGGAGGGAGGACAUCAUCAUCUUCCUCUUCACCGAUCAUCAAACCCACCUAAACCCUAACGAUCGGAUACGGAAGUUCCGUCGGUUCCGUCUCCCGGCUCCAGCGGAAAUGCGGCGCAAUUGCUGCCACAUUUCAUUGGCCUUCGUUCUCAAGGUGCUGAACUACCUGCAGACCUUCGUCGGGAUCUCCAUCAUCCUCUACUCUGCAUGGAUGCUCAAUCAAUGGAGCCACCACGUCCCGGUGUUUCCCCCGUCAGCUCCGCCCCCGGAUUCUUCGGCCCAGCUCCUGCUGAAUUCGCGCUCAGCUGGAGCCUUUGCUGAUCGGGUCACGCCGUUGGAUUUUGCCGCCGAUAUGGUGUCUGGCUUGGACGUUGGGAUCGGUGUCGUAUUGAAUGACUUCAAGUUUCCUGCUCCGUGGUUCAUUUAUUCAUUCAUGGGAGUGGGAGUUGUGCUGUGCUGCGUUUCGUUCAUUGGCUGCAUAGCUGCCGAAGCAAUUAAUGGCUGCUGUCUCUGCUUUUACACGCUCCUUGUGACUGUACUGCUCCUGAUAGAAGCAGCUUUGGUGGCAUUUAUUGCUAUCGAUCGUCAAUGGGAACAGAUUCUUCCAGUCGACCCAACAGGGGAACUUAACAGUCUUCGCUCUUUCAUUGAAAAGAAUGUUGCCAUAUGCAAGUGGGUUGGCAUUGCCAUUGUUGUAGUCCAGGCUCUAUCUUUGCUGCUAUCAUUUGUCCUUCGGGCAUUGGUUUCUCCUCGUCGUGGUGAAUUUGACUAUGAGGACGAUUGUGAAAAUACAAGAAGUAGAACUAGAGAACCACUUCUAAAUUCUCAGUUGGGCCAAACAUCUGCUGGUCAUUCUGAUUUGUGGAGCUCACUCGUGAGAGAGAAGUAUGGGCUGAAUAAUGGUGACAAAGUAUUGAGCCAGAAUGCAUCAGGGAGUACGAAAAAUAAGUGAUCUUGAUUGGUGAUUAUCGCAUAUCUGAGAGCGCGGAGUAUAUAUCAGCAGUACAUAUUGUGCCCCACGAGUAACCCGAAAAUGUCAUACGGCCUUAUCGUCUAGUUAUAGGAGUUUGUGGUGUACAUAGGAAGUUGCUCUUUGUGUGCUCUUAAGUGCUAACUCUUAAAAGCUGAUCUUCCAAUUCUUUACCUCUUUAUGGGGCAGGGUCCCUCUAAGCAAGCGCGCCCUUGUAAUUUCGAGUUGGUUUGCUCACUGCUGUAAUUUGUAGAAAUCGGAUUGCUUGUGCUCUUUAACCUUUAAGCGUUUAUUGUGAAAACCUUUGGGAGGCAUUUCUAAUGUAUCCAGAGGUUUGAUUUAGCUUCUGAUA